UGACAGCGUAAAAAUCUCUACUUUUGCUUUGUCAGUUUACAACUUACACUCAGAAGAUAGGAAACUUGCUGAGAUUCUGCAAUAUCAGUGAUGACGGAACCUGAUGAAUUGAGUCUUGUGGAGAGAGUGUUUCUGAGGAUAGGGUCAGCAGAAUCAGAUGAACAACUGGAAGGCUGUCUGGAAAAAUUUCUCCCUCCUGUUUUACUCAAACUGAACAGCAAACAGGAAGCUGUUAGGAAAAAGGUGAUGGAGCUGUUAGUUCAUGUCAAUAAGAGGCUGAAGAGUCGACCCAAGGUUCUGCUUCCAGUGGAACAGCUGAUCCAACAGUAUAGAGACCCCGAGGCUACUUCCAUCAUCACGAAUUUUUCUAUAAUCUACAUAAGGAUGGGUUAUCCCAGACUGGCUCCUGAUAAACAGGCAGAGUUAGUUCCCUUACUAUUGAAAUGUGUCAAAGGCAAACCCAAGUCACAACAGGACAGCAUAUUUCUGUUGAUGACCCCAGCAUUAAGCUACGUUACCAUGCCAACUGAUCUAGAGAAGAGGAAGAGCAUGUUUGACCUUGAUGAGAAUACUCGUGUGGAUAUUCUGAGCUAUUUCAUGGAUGUCCUGCUGCUUCCUUACAAUGUUCAGGGAUUCUUAAAUCAAGCUUCACGACCUGCUAGUGCCCCAGCGGGUGAUCCUCCGAAACCGAACGUCCCUCCAGCAAUGAAUGACUAUUCCCUGCGGCGAGUGACGGGGGACAGUCUCAUGUCAGCGGAGGCCCUAGAGAAAACCAAACUGGGGAUCCUCAAAUUCCUGGGAGUGGAGUUGUUUCCAGAAAAUGCUGUCAUAUGUCACUACGUUGUCGCUUCCUCUGAUACACGUCACAGUGUUGCCACAGCUGCAGAUUUUGAGUUGAAGAAAAUUCAGGGGAGUGUGGAUUGGAAUGAUUUAGAGAUUGUCAAACAGCUGUUCAGUUUGUUCCAAGGAACUGUGGAGGCCAGAGGACAGCCUCCAACAAAACCCGACAUGAAGCGGGCUCCAGCCUGCACAAGGAUCCGACUGAAGAUCUUCCCGUUCUUCCUCAAGUCGCGGGAAGCGGCAGGCAUGUUCCCUUCCUCUGUUCAGGUGAUUUUUGAUUGUCUGUAUGGGCAGAACACAAAUGCAAAGCUGAAGAAUAUGGCUGUACAGUUCGUCCAUCAUGUCUGCUUUAACUGCUCAGAUGUGAAGUUUCAGCCAAUCAGCUCUGUUCUUCUAUCAGGGAUGAUGAAAUUGAUCACUGAGACUAAGGACGACUCCCGACUCCGAAGUCUGGCGUAUGUCGCCGUCGGUAAAAUCGUAAGACGAGCUCCUCAGCUGGUGAAGAAAGAUAUCGGACUGGCCCAGAAACUGUUUGACGCCAUCAGUCAUGAGGACUCUGAGUCUCGAUUAGCUGUGCAGGAAUCAUUGUCGUUGAUGUCAUCAGCCUAUAAAGAAAUUGACCAAUCAGCAUGUAAGCUGAUGGAGGCACUAAUCGUGCAGAAUAUAGAAAAGGAUGAGCCACAGGCGAGGACUAUGGCUGUUCAGUACGCGAAGGUCGUAUUCCCGGCAGAUCACGUCCCGUCUCGUUAUAUUCUGUUGUUGGCCUGUGGAGACAUUAAAGAAGAUAUACAGGCUGAGGCUCGGAAGGCGCUGUACGGCGAAAAGAAACGAGACAAAGAUGGAAAUGAGAUCGAGAAUGACAACGUGGUCCUGCCGGAUUUCUCACAGAUCAUGAACUACAUCAACACACAGGCUCAGCAGAGAUCUGCAUCUCAAAGACUUCACACGGUGGGAAGCCAGAAGCUGCCAUUCAACCCGGCAGCUUACGAACAGAUGAUCCUAUACCUGCGACUAUGUUUAGUCCAUGGCGGGGGGAUUUCUUGUGACACAGACUCCCUUUCCUCCAUGCAAGACGUUUCCCCCCAGGUGGCGCUUUAUGUUCGACAACUUCUCCAGAUAGAUGCUAGUGACAGUGCCCCAGUCAUACUCUAUCUCCAAUUCAUACAGAAACUGCUCAGUGCUGUGGGAGGUUCUGUCUCCAUGUUUUGUCUGUUGGAGCUGGUGGCAGUAGCUCCAGACCUCUUAGCCACAAGAUUUGUCUCCCAGCUCAACUGGAUAAAGAGUUACGUGUUUUCCUCACGGGAAGAUCUGAAGAGCUAUGCGGGUCAGAUGUUGUCCAUUGUCACGUGCUGCCAACCGGAGGCAGAUGUUCUAGAGACACUCGCACACUUCCUGUCAAGAAUGUCAGAUAAAAACUUUGAGGUACAACAAGGGUCAAUUCUAGCCCAGGGUUACUUAAUUGGUCGCUACUUACGAGGAAAGACACGAGAAAUGAGCUCGGCUGUCACCACAGUUGUUGUUGACUCCAUCAAACAGUUGGUGGGCAUCAUUAAAACUGCCACGGAACUGAAUGUGACCUUGGUGUCCAGCGCCUGCCUGGCCCUGGGAGAAAUCAGCAGGAACAUGUCACUACCACUGCCACCUGGUGAAGAAAAUGAUAAUGAAGGGGAAGUAACCAAGCUCUCAAUUCUCAACUUGUUAUUAAAGCUCAUCAAGACAUCUAGUCAAAACAACAAAGUGAAGGAACGUGCUGCCAUUACCCUUGGACAGAUGUGUGUCGGGGAUGAACUCUUUCCAUUCAGAAAGAAAGUCCUACAAAAUCUGAUGGAUUCAUUCCAGCCCAAACAGAUUGAGCUCCACUUAACAACAGCUGAAGCCUUAGUGUUUGCUGCUAUGGGAGUUAACUCCCCUGCUGCCAGGGAUAUGUGGACCCAGUCAGAGACGGACUAUCAGAGCAGCAUUACUGCAGUGGAGGAUGAUGUAGAAUGGUAUCUGGACCACAUCCUGACGAAAUCUAUAGUUAGUGCCAACCCACACCUUAGACAGGCUGCCUGUAUCUGGUUGCUGACGCUGGUUAAGAAAUGUGGACAGCACUCCGUCAUACAAACCAGACUGAGUCGAAUUCAAUCAGCCUUUAUGAGCAUGUUGUCUGAAAAUGAUGAUGUUACACAAGACAUUGCAUCUAAAGGUCUGGGAAUGAUCUACGAGAUUUCAAGUUCACAGCAAAAGGAUUCUCUUGUGGCUGAACUUGUGGAGACUCUCACCACCGGUAAAAGCUCCAAAAAGGAAGUCACUGGGGACACGGCAGUGUUUGAUGAUGGAGCCAUGGGGAAAACUCCAGAUGGGGGUGGGAUAUCGACCUACAGAGAGCUCUGUUCCAUAGCUAAUGACCUCAAUCAGCCGGACCUCAUCUACAAAUUUAUGCACUUGGCCAAUCACAACGCCAUGUGGAAUUCCAGAAAGGGUGCAGCCUUUGGAUUUAGUACAAUAGCUGCGCAGGCCGGUGAACAACUCCAGCCGUUCCUGUCUCAGAUUGUUCCCAAGCUGUACAGAUACCAGUUUGAUCCGAAUCCCAAGAUCCAUCAGGCCAUGAGCUCCAUCUGGAACGCCCUCGUCAAAGACAACAAGAACACGGUGGAUACGUACAUGAAGGAAAUCCUGAGAGACUUGGUGAUGAACUUAACAAGUCCGCAGUGGAGGAUCCGGGAGUCCAGUUGCCUGGCCGUGAAUGAUUUGUUACGAGGAAGGCCAUUGGAUGAUGUGGUAGAGCAGCUCCCAGAAUUGUGGGAAACUUGUUUGAGAGUCCGAGACGACAUCAAGGAGACGGUGAGAAAUGCAGCUGAUGUAGCAUGUCGAUCUCUCAGUCGGGCGUCAAUAAAGAUCUGUGAUGUAAACUAUGGUAAAAUGGGCGAGAAAGCCACCAGCUUAGUCCUGCCUUGUCUGCUAAAAAUCAGCACAUACAGUCCUGUCCCGGAGGUCAGGGCCAUUGGAUUGUCAACAUUGUUGAAAAUUAGUAAGAAUGCAGGACCCCUUCUAAAGCCUCACAUUGCUGUGCUGGUAACUGCUCUGUUAGAGGCUGUCAGUGGUUUGGAGCCUCAGGUCAUGAACUAUUUCAGUCUCAGGAUAACAGGAAGUGAAGAGGCUCAGGAAAGGCUGGACAGUGCUCGUAUAGCAGCAUCAAAGAUGUCCCCGAUGAUGGAAACGGUCAACUAUUGUGUGCAGUACGUGGACAGUGAUGUUCUGGUUGAGUUGGUGCCACGGUUGACAGAUCUCAUCAAGAGUGGGAUAGGUAUUGGGACAAAGGCCGGAUGUUCCAGCUUGGUUGUGUCAUUCGUUCAUCAUUGUCCACUCGAUCUAACUCCACAUGCAGGAAAGCUGAUGAGUGCAUUUUUAUCUGGUCUGAAUGAUAGAAACUCUAGCAUAAGGAAAUCGUACGCCUCGGCGCUUGGUCAGCUAGUGAAGGUUGCUAAAGACAGCAGUGUGGAAAAAUUGAUCAGUCGUCUGAGGGUCUGGUAUCUGGAGAAGGAAGAGGAUUCUGUGAGAUCUGCCUGUGGACUGACCCUGGGUGCGAUUUCUCAGUACAACCCCGAUGUCUUGAAACGACACGCUGCGCUGGCUCUGCCCCUAGCUUUCUUUGCCAUGCAUGAGAAGGAACCUGAAGACCAAGACAAAACAGAGAAGAAAACUUCAGUUUGGGAAGAGGUCUGGCUGGACGCUACACCAGGUACAGAGGCUGGACUUCGCCUGUAUUUAGAGGAAGUGGUCAGUCUGCUAGGAGAUACCAUCACUUCCCAGUCAUGGGCCACUAAAUCUCAGGCAGCGGCUGCCAUGAGUUCGGUGGCUUCUACACUGCAGGACCGGCUGGGACCACCACAUCUAGGUCACCUGCUGCGUACGUUACUGGCUGGACUCUCGGGGCGUACCUGGACAGGGAAGGAAGCUCUAUUACAAGCCAUUGACACUGUGUGUACCUUCUGCAGGGAGGCCUUAAAGAAUGACUCCGUCGAUGGACAACCUACAAUUGACGUGGUGAUAGAGGCUGUGAUGAAGGAAUGCAAGAAAGAAAACAUUGUGUACAAAAUGGAAGCCAUGAAAUGUAUGGGGAAUCUGUUAGAGGGGUACAAGGUUGAUCGCUUCAAGGACAUGUGGUCUCUCAUCACUCCUGUCUUACAGUCAAAGACAGAAGACGAUGAUGAGAAGAGUAAACGAGAGUUACAGAGGGAGAGUUACUAUGAAGUACUGGGCCAGGCCUGGCCUCACAACCACAAUACACAAGAUGAAUUUUCCUCUCCAUUCCGUUGUCUGUUGUGUGAAUCUCUACCACAACACGUGUGGAAAGUCCAGCUGACAAUCCUCAGAUCUCUAUACAAGUUUGUCGAUAGGUAUCAUAAAUUUGACCAUGAAGAAACCUUCAAAGAAUCUACGAACUACACAGAGGUGGUGAGCACGAUAGUCAAAGCCAUCACACCAUGCAUAGGUAACAAAAAAUACAGUGCAAUAAGGUCACAGGCAUUAGAUAUUCUAGAAUUACUCAUCAAGAAGAUAGAAGACGUUGGUGCCAACCCUUCCUCUGUGCUGUCUGAGAUUGAUUUAUCCGAAGCUCUGCAGGACCUCUCCAAAGAUGUGGCCGAUAGAGGGCGCUCUAUACAGCAGAAGCUGAAACUGGUGGAAGCCAUGGAGACCUCAUGAUGGCUGUGAUACUGUGACAUUCUCCGAUAUUAAAACCAAACUUUUAGUUAGAAUCUGUACUGUGAUCUGUUUCAGACUCUUGGGAUCUAAUAAAUUUGUAGAUUUUU